UUGUCGUUUUGUAUCUCGUAGAGGGACAGCAAGGACACCGCAGGAAGUCAGAGCGCUUUAUACUGGAGUUUCACACUGGACUAUUUUGAAUGAGGUAGCAGGCGAACUGAGUGCUAGAGAUGUUAGGGAUUUGUUGCUGGAUUCAUAAUGGAUUUAUCUCCCCUGGCCGGGAUAUGGCAACAAUGAUGGUUAUUAUAACUCUCUUUCUGUUGGUGGAUUACACACACGGUGGGCCCUUAAGAACAAUUGACUCCAAUGAAAAUGAAACCCAUUAUACUCAUGAGGGCAUCCGAUGUCGUAGAUGCGAUGCAGGUACCUACGUGGAGAAGGUCUGCACAGUUCCCGAUGAACAAGGAACAUGCAAACCCUGUCAGCUAGGGAUUAAUUACAGCGAGCACCUUACUGGACUAGCACACUGUUUGUCAUGCACAACCUGUCGUGAUGAUGAAGAAGAGGUGUCUCUGUGCACGCCCACCAAGAACCGUGUCUGCCGCUGUAAGAAUGGGACCUUCUGCCCCCCAGAGCACCCAUGUGAGAUAUGUCUACCAUGCACUACAAGUUGUCCCCCUGGUCAAGUGCUUCAGCAGCCUUGCAAUUCUACAUCAGAUACUCAGUGCGAUAUCUCAGCGGGUCAUUCCAGAAAAUGGCUCAUCUGGAUCUACAUCCUGGGUCCUAUUCUCCUCUUCAUCAUCAUCGUCCUUUUUACCUUUUGUAAGGUGAAACAGUAUAACGUGUUCAGCUUGUGUUUGAAUGUUCUUAAUAGGGCUUCUUCCAAGUUACAGUCUGAAGAACCCAACACAAUGAUUCCUCUGUUACCUUUAAGUUUGCCAGAAGGAACAGAUCAUGACAAUGAGGAUAACACCAUCCGCAGAGCAUUUGACAUUUUUGCUAAAAAUGUAAAACCUAACGAGUGGACAAGGUUUAUGAGAUCCCUUCGUCUGUCAGACACUGAUAUCCAAGAUGCGGAACGCACUUUCCCAAUGAACCCUUAUGAGCAGCGUUACAACAUGCUUACCACAUGGAGAGAACAAACCGGCAGCAACAAUGUGAACACUUUACUGCAAAACUUAUAUUCUCUCAACAUGAGAAGGACAGCAAAUGAUAUUAUUAAAAAACUGAUUCAAGAACAGUUGUAUGUGUCGAACACAUGGUGCUGUAAUGACCAUGCAAGUUAGUACUGAACAAAUGUAAAUACCUUAAUUUAUUUUUUUUCUAAAAAAAUUUAAAAAAAAAUCUAAAAAAUCUAAAAAGAUAAAAAAAAUAUCUAAAAAAAUAAAAAAAAUAAAACCCAAA